AUGGAUGCCGCAAUUGAUCUUUCGGACGCGUCGAAGGCGCUGGAUCUGGCGAAUAUAAGAUAUCAAUUGAUCCGCCUUGAAGACACAAUAACCUUCCACCUGAUCGAGCGCGUACAGUUCCCUCUGAACAAGACUAUCUAUGUUCCUGGCGGCGUACAGAUACCGAACAGCUCCCUAAGCCUCUUUGACUGGAUCCUGCGCGAGCAAGAGCGCCUCCACUCCCUCGUCCGCCGAUACCAAGCACCAGACGAAUACCCCUUCUUCCCCGACGCGCUUGAGGAGCCGAUUCUGAAGCCUCUAAAUUAUCCCAAGGUUCUCCAUCCGAAUAACGUAAACUUCAACGAGAAGCUGAAGCAGAGCUACAUCGAGCACAUCCUUCCGGCAGCUUGCGCCAAGUUCGGGAGAGAAGAGCGGGGCGAAGCGCAAGAGAACUAUGGGUCGUCCGCCACAUGCGACGUUCAGUGCCUUCAAGCCUUGUCUAGACGAAUACACUUCGGCAAGUACGUUGCGGAAGCGAAGUUUGGCAAGGAGACGGACCGGUUUGUUGCGCUGAUCAAGUCGAAUGAUCGGAAAGGGAUUGAUGAGGCAAUUACGGAUGCAAAAGUAGAGAAGAAGGUGUUGGAGCGAUUGAGACUCAAGGCGAAGACUUACGGUACUGACCCCGACGGUGGUGCGGACGAGCCGGGAAAGAUCAAUGUGGAAGCUGUGGUCGCGAUGUAUAAGGACUAUGUUAUACCUUUGACGAAAGAAGUCGAGGUUGAAUACUUGAUGCAGCGACUGAAAGGUACUCAGUAUGAGUGA